GCAGCUUUGAGGAGCUCUCAUCUUGCAGCUGGUGGGUGCCCUCACAGCACACAGCCCCGGGGGUGCUGCUCCAUGCCUUGAGUGUGCCCCAGGAGGACCAGGGAGGAGAGCAAAUGGAGCACCCCGGGAGGGAUUUAUGGACUGCUCUAUGAACCUCCCAGUGAAGAAGACAGGACAUUGGUGCUCUGAGAACUAAUCCAGAUAAGCACUGUGGCUAGCAGGGCAUUGCAACAUCCAACCCAAAGUUCAUCAGCUCCGUCAUUACCACGCUGAUCUCUAGGCACUGCGGUCAAAGAAACAAAGCCUCUAAUUUCCCUAUCAGAAAGGAAAAGAUCAGCGACUUUAUCUCCGCACAGUAUGUUUUCAACAGUUAUCAAUGCACUGUGCCUGAGGACAAGGGAUGAGCAGGGCUGUCAGAACCACAGGAGGCAAACCACACGAGAGAAGAGCGGCAGCAGGGAUCUCCCUGGAGCAGCAGUCCAUCCCUGGGAGCACAGCCUUGUAAGCCAGAAAUGAUUUUCCCUCACUUUGGGAUAAUACCUCCAUUUUGAAGCAAGCAAGCAGGAUUCUGAACCACAGGCUGUGUCUGUGCUCAGGGCUUUGGUGUCCCUUCUGGAAGCUCAGGCUGGUGAGACUGUCAUACCGAAGCAUACCAACAGAGAGGGCUGGAAACACUCCCACCUCACCCAGCCCUUCCCUGGGAGUUGGCCAGGGCAGCGCUUGUGUCCUGACAGCUUUGUUACAAAGAGCUUCUGAAGCAGCCGGCCAAAAAGUCCAUCUAAAUCUCCUGAUGGUCCUUUUGUGCCGAUGGUCAGAACUGGAAAACAAGCUUUGUACGUUGGUGGGAGCGGAGGAAACGGGCACCUUCCAGGAACACCCCAUGCUGGCCCUUCUGCCCCCCAAAGGGUCAUCAAAAACCACAUCCCUGGGAGAAGCGUGCUCUGUACUCCUUGCUGCCAGCUUCUCCACUGGCCGCUGUUAUGUGGAGCCAACUUAUAAAGAUCCCAAGAAGCAGUCUGUGUAAUUACUGCCAAUUACCGCCACGCAGCCCCACACUGCCUGGAAUGGCCCCUGCAGGGUUCUCCUGUGCAAAGGCAUUUCAGUUCUGGCAAGAUAUUUGAUGAUGUGUUUGAUAAAAUAGCCCCUCCCCCAAAAUAUCAGGAACACGGAAACAUGUAUUUGCACUCACACAACAGAGCAGCCUCACCCCACUAAUAUUUUAAUGGAACCACUGGAUGUUUUCAUUAGCUGCAUUUGACACUAUGACAGCAACAAUAACUGACAGACAGAAACUGAGACAAGACACAGUAAUUAGGUCAAACCUUCGGGACAGAGCUGUCAUCACAAGACAUAAACGUGCAUUUCUUUCCCACUGUCAAAGCUCCAUAAGCCAUCUUCUUGCUACAGGUUGUCUAUGCAGGAUAAAGACUUGGAAGCAACAAGGGUCAUUCUCCCUUUUGCUAUUCUUCACAGCUAUCCUGUGUUUAAUUGAUCUGGAUUAAUUAUUUAAGGUAAAUUCAGCUUUCCUGACCUAAUGGCAACAUGUCAACUGAUUAAGUUUACAAAGCCAGCAAAAUGAUCUGUGCAGUGAGGCCAGCUCCCAGCAUGUGUUAUUGAGGCCAAGGGAUCCCAUGUCACUGCCAAGGACAGAGCAGUGAGCACUGAGGUGUGCAGGGGUUCCUCUGGGAAGGAUGGGGCUGCCCCCUCCCCUGGCAUCUCUGGGGGGCAAAGGGGGGAGUUGGGCUUUCCAGGAGAUUCUGCUUUGUUUUGGUGCUGAGCCUGUAAGUGGGAAAAGCGGUGCCCUAUUCACACUGGUAAGGAAUGCAGUAGAAUUAAUUGCUGGCGUAACGUAUGUGCAUCAGAAGGAAAAGAUUUGUUUGGGUAUCUGCAGCAGUCCCCAGCUCCUCUGGCCAAUUGCUAGGGUGGGUGCACAGAUAAAUGAGAAGAAAACACUCCUCAGGUGCUGGCUGCUGCAGGGAGCAAUAGAUAAGGCAGAUAAGGCAGCAAGUGAAACUCUCCUGGUUGCAAACAUAGCCCUGGGUAAAGGCUGCUCAGCCACAGCAGAAAUGUCACUUUGGUUGCUAUCACCUCCAGGCACAAACAGGACAAUAACUGCCAUCCCAUGAGAAGUCUGUUGUACAGAGAGCCUGGAGCCCUCCCUGCAGCCAGAGGAACCCAGAGAGGGCUUUCAGCCUCAAGCCAAGGUCUCCAGCCCCAGGAAGCAGAUGCUCCUGGGCUGGUCUGCCUGAGGGUGAGAGCUCUGUGAUCUCUCUUUACCCAGAGAUUCACAGAGCCUUCAUAAGGCCAUAUCACAAAAACUGACAGAGGCUUUCUGCCCAGCUGCUGGGACUUUUACAUCCCAGCAGUUCCUUCCCUGUAUUUAUUGCUGCUCUGUUUUCUACCUCUGGGACCUGAGCAAGUCAUCAAGCCCGGAUUAAAAACACCAUGGAAGAAUUCAGUCCUAGACACAGCCAAACUUUGGUUUCCAAUGAAACAAAACAAAAGGCUGCAAUGAAGUAACCACCUCAGCAGCUCUACAGCCACGUAUGUAGCUGUUACCAGUGGGGGUGAGGGGAAAUAAGAACACACCACCCCUCCAGAAGAGGUGUCCAAAUCCAAACUGAUUUUUCAGCAGUGUUUUCCACCACUCCAACUCCAGCAGGAAUGGUGGAUGAGCCGCAUUUAAAAAGAUGUUUUAAGAAGGGACAGAAGAAAUCCUCCUUCCUGGCAGGAUAGCAGGAAGGCAUUUUCUUCCUGGGCUUUGUCCUGAGCUGCUGGACAUCCACAGCUCUCUGCCCACGAGCAGGGGAUGAAGCAGCCCUCAGGUCUGACCCACUGAGAGCUCAGCAAACUCAGCAUUUGGUUUGAGCCAAACAUACAUAUAGCUUCGGAGGAUGAUCAUUGCUGCAACCUACAGAGCUGCCACGCAGCCUCAUGGGAGCCACCCUCAGGGAUGGAGAGGUGAGGUGAGCAGGUCUAGAUGGCCACUGAAGGUGUCUCCCAACUCACACGAUUCUAUGAGCAGAGCACAGCCCUCCCACCCCCAUCAAACACAAAGGAAAUCAGUGCAAUGGGAGGCAGCUACAGGUGGGCCACACAGACAUAAUGAGCAGGUGUAGGAAAGAGGCAGCUCUACAACAAGUGGAUUCACACCUGUGUGUUAAAGAACAUGAGAACUGACAAAGCCCAAGACCUCUGCCUUCACAAAGGGAUGGGGUCACUGUGCAGCCCCUGCUGGGCACAAACAGUGAGGAAUGCAGCUCCAGCUCAGUGCUGGUGUAACCAGUUUGCUCCACGCACAGCCGGCCCUGUUGGCCGGACUUUGGCCUGAGAACAUUUCACUGCAUGUAUUAACCCAGUGUCCAUCAGAGCAAACACUUCAUUUACAGGGUUUGCAGAGGUAACAGGGCCAGAUGAGGAGGGCUGCAGCCCCAUCAGGCUUGUGGUCCCACCCCAGCCCACAGACACUGCUGUUCUUCCAGGCAGAAGCACCAUCUGGAAAAACUGCUGCAGGAAAGUUCAGCACUCAGAGGGGCCCAGGAUGGUGCAGGGGACGGCUGCUGCACCCACUGAGCGCUGCUGUGCUUUGCCCACACACUGGAGCCCUUUGUUGCCAUCAGUGUUUAACCCUGGUGUCCUAAAGCAACCCCACAGAGCUGCCCCACAUCUGGACACUGCCAAGGGCUUAGGGGAAGCAAAUGUCACCUCUGGUGGCAAGGAGACAGGGACACACCUGUGGCCUACCCACAUCUGAGACAAAGCAGACAGCCCUGCUGGGCUCUGUAGUGGCAGAAAUCCAGCUUACACAACUCCAAGCUCCACAAGUAAGCUUGUAGAUGUAAUGCCAUUUUCAUAUUAAGAGAUAAGUGCUGUAAGAGUGGGGCAACACCACCUGCCUCUCUCUGCACACCUCCCACCUCAAAAGCACAAAGCAGCCACAGGUUUCUGUAUGCUAAAAAUGAAGUAAAUCUGGAUGCCCCACACUGCCAUGCAUUGCAGCAAUUCCAAGAGGUCUGCUGGACAGCUGUUAGCUGCGUGCAUAUGAGCUUAUCAAUUUCUCUUACCUUCAAAAGCACCACGAGUUCUCUCAAUACAGCAGUAUAGCGAGAGUUGCAAUGCUGAUGGAUCAGGGCGCCCCACACCCAGCCAGCGUGAGUGCUGGGCAGCUCACUUACAAAGUCAGCACGUGCUUAACAAAAUGCCCCAUCCGUUCCAGCAGACAUCUUUCUCCCCCCCGCAGGGCAGAGCCCGGCGCUCACCGCCUUGCCUUCUUAUGGGACAACGCGUUCGGCACCCAGGAGGAGUCCCCGCCCCCCUCCAGGUGCAGCUCAGCAGCGCUAAUGGGGCUGCCCCAGCCCCGCUCCCACCUGGCCCGGCUGCAAAGGGUGGAGAAGGGGGGGGGGGAUGUCCCAGCAGCGGUGGCACGGGGAGAGGGAAGCGCCCUACCCUCGGGGUUUGUCUGCAGGGCACGAGCGGCCAUGGCACACUGCGGGGUACCCCGAUCGGCGCUCGCAGCGCAUCGCUCUCAUCGAGCGUCCAACCCCACCGGCCCCGUCCGUGGCACCGCACGGUGCCCCUUCGCUCGCCCCCUCGUGGCAGCGGAAGCCCGGCACGGCCCGGUGCUGAUGUCCCCUCGGCCCCACAGCACCACGGCCGGGACCUCUCAGAGCCGGGGCGCCGGGACCCGCCUGGCAGCAGCGCACGGCUCUGUCCUUGCAGCCCCUGCCGUACCCUCAGCGCUGCGUUUCGAGGUUCUGUGGGGGACCCGACGAGCUGUGCCAGGGCCAUCGCUGCACACACACGGUCCCGUUGCAGGCUCAGCCAAAGGGUUUUCGUCAGAUGUGCUCCAGAAAGAGCCGAUGGAUGCCUGGGAGCUCUCCCAGGCCAAAGCAAGGUGCCACGGGUCAGGGCUCCCCAGGCCCUACUGCUCAGCCCCUGCACCCACAUCCUUCUUGCCCCACAGCACUCAGCCUCCUCUCGCCCACUGUUUACGUUUUUCCCCCUCUCAUUUGGGUUGCACGGCACAAAAGGAGCCCUUCUUCCAACCCCCUCCUCCCCACCCCCCCUCGUCUGGCAGGUCUGUGUUAUUAUUAAGACACUUGAGAUUAUGGUUGUCUGAAAGUUGAAGAACGACAGCAGAGAACCAGAUGCUGCACACUGAUGAAUUACAAGGGCAUUAUGCAGAGGCAGCUGUGCCAUAUAAACGUCGGGGUUUUACGUGGUGCCAUGAUUUUCCAUGUGGCAUCGUAUGGUUCCAGCAUCUGGGUGCCACCGUCAAUGCCUCCCAUAUAUUUUGCUGAGCACUGUCAUUAUGAUAAUGAAGAAAUUGCAGCAGACGUUAAUUGCAGUUCCCGCUGGCUAUUGCGAGAAGAGGAAGGCAUGGAGCAGGCUGUGGGGGCCUCAGCUGAUAGGGGGUUCUCACUCCCCCCUUGGCUUUCUCAGUAGCUGAGCAGUGGUGUGGCCAUGGACUGUGUGUCCCCUCCUUGGUCUCCCUGUCCCCUCCUCUGUUCCCCAUUCCCCAGGAGGGCCCUUGCUCUACUGGCAGGACAACGUAUAUUCAGUUUUCCAACUAGUUAUGAGUUUGGAAACAGUCAAAUUAUGGUUCUCCUUGGACUUAACUAUCAGUGCUCUCUAUGGAGCUUGGUAUAUUUGCCACAAGACGGUGUGUUUGGCAUUUCUUCCUCUCCUGCAGCCUGAGAAAAUCCGAAUUGCAUGCAGAGCUGCUCAUGCCUAUAGGAUGUGUGAGCAGCAGGCAUCGCCUCCUGGCAGUGUCCCCAUGCCCUCAGCAAAGGCUGUACAGGGAGCAGGUGAUGAGCCAUCUCCUCCUUCCCCACAUGGAUCUGGGAGCUGCCCGCAGGCUGUGGGUAAGGAACAGCCUCACGUCUCCAGGACUGCUCGCUGUGCCUGGGGUCCUGGGCUGCAUGCUUGCCCCAUGCAUGCUGCAGGUGGCACUGGCAGUACAUGGGGGGUGGCUGCUGGGAGGGCACCCCGGUGGCACUGCAGCCCCAGGGAGGGGCACCCACGCACCGCUCAGCCCCACACCGUGCCCUCCCUGCAGGGAUAAUCCUCUGUUCCCGGGGAGACUGAGGGACACUUUGGGCUGAUGGCUUCAUUCCGGGUGUGGGUCCUGGUGAGGGCGGCUGCCCAGCGAUGCACAAAGCCUCUGGAAUUCACCACUGGCGUUUCCUUGCUCUGCCAGCAGCCGGGAUGGGCCGGAUUGCUGUCCCCUGAGUCACUCCCUGAUAACCAUUUAUAAUCACAAAGCUUCACGGAUGAAACAUCGCAUCUUCUGUUUGCCCUCAGCCCACUGCAAGGCAGCCUCAUGGCAUCACGGUGACUCACAGCAGGAACAGCAUUGGUGCUCUGGUGGGCACAGGGCUGCACCAGGAUCUGGCCCUUUGUGGGACAUGGGACAGCAGGUGGGGACACCGCCAUGCCAGGCAGAAGUGACAGCAGCUGCAGACCCACUCCUUGUGCCCAUCCCAAAACCCACAGCAGUGAUGGCCCCACACCUCCCGAUGAACACUGCCCAAACUGUUAUGAGUUCCCAAAGCCCCUCAAGGCAGGGAGUUUUGCUUCCCCUCCUCCAUCCUUGCCAGACCCAGGGUGCUUUCCAAAUGGCUCCGUGGCAUUGCAGGUGGGACUGCUGGUGUUACUGCAGCACCUGGGGCCGGAGGGGCAGCAGCUCCAACCAAAGGCAACACAAACGGGGCUGAAUCUGCUCUCUCUGAAGGCAGCACUCAGCGCUCACCUCUUUCAUUUUCCACCGGGCAGUGGAAACGGUGAUGAGCGAAUGUAUGCAGCUGCAGCUUCCAUGGAAAAGCACUCGGGUUGCCCGGUCAGCGGGCUGUGCUGCAGAGCAGCGUGCUGUCAGCACAGCCAGCGGGGAUGUGCUGUGAAGCUGAAACACAGCAGGGAACCAAAGAGCAUUUCUGCCCACUCCUUUCUGCUGCCAGGGGAAAAAAAAAAAAAAAAAAAGAGAGAAGGCCACCAGGCUUUAAAACUGUGAAGAGAUGGAUGGGGAUGUAGGAGCUGCUGGGGGUGCUGCUCAGGUGCGGAUAUCCGCACUCAUUCCCCACAGUGCUCAGCAGCCAUCGGAGCUCAGCUCUGCGGGGAGCAAAGAGAGCAGUGCCCAAAGCUCGAGCGAUGCGCUGCCUGUGGUGAGAAGAAAAGGCCUGGGGGACACAGAGGAGAUCUUCCUGGAGGAGGGGGGAAAAAGGGAGAGGGAGGCCGCCUGUCUGAGCGCUUCGCUGCCUGGCACCUGUGUCCCGGGGCAGGCGGCCAAGCGCCAGGAGCAGGCAUGGUGCCACGGCAGCAGAUGGGCACAGAGCAGGCAGCUCUCGGCCCGGGGAGGGGGUGGCUGCUGAGGGCAGAUUUCCCAGCUGAGAAUGUCCAAACAGCUGCCAGUCUGGAGUGUGUACACCUAUAAUUAAGGGGGUAUGCGAUUUCUAAUCCAGCUCAAACGGAGCUGGAUUAAUUGGCAAACCUAAAAAUAGCACCCAUGACCAUGUAUGGCAAGCUUUUGUGUGCAGUUUAAAUUGGGAAAGCGAGCUCUGUUUGGAGUAAGCUGGGAGAGGCAGAGGCAUCGCUCUGCGCUGGGACAGCCUGCGAGUGACGGGAGGAGCCCACAGCACAGCCGUGAUCCCACGGCCCCAGGAGCACACAGGGCAGCAGCCGUACCCCAGGAACUUCUGCUUAUGGGGGAAUAGGAGGUGCCCCCCACAGAGAUCAGCUCUUGGCUGGGCCACCCCCGUGUGCCUGUCCUACAGGUGCCUCAGACCCCCCUUUCCCAUACAGACCCCGGCGGCACAGCAAACCCUGCUGACUGUGCUCCACCUUCCUCGAAUGCCCCGCAGCCAGACUGCAAGGUUAAAUUGCUUUUAAUUCUUGUUUAAUUAUCUACAGUGGCACAAAUUACUAACAGUAUCGAUCUGAACUUGGCACACAAAGGCAGGUUUCAAAUGGCAAAGCAUAUUAUGGGAUCGAAUUAUUAAAUGUAGCUAAUGAGCAAAAUAAUGAUGUGGUGCCAAGCUGUAAGAGGUUAGACUUUAAACUUGUCACAGUUCAUAAGCAAGAAAGAUUCAAUCAUAUUCUUAAUCAAAUAUUUAUAUGAUAAUGUGCCUUAAUCAAAAUAACAACAAUUAAUUUGGAGAGGAGUCUAUUCCCUGCUUCCUGCUGCUGCACUGUGGUGGUGUUGCAGCGGGCUCACAGAGCACAGGUUUCCCUGCAGGUUAAUGGGACCCAUUUAUUGCACGGUGGGACUCAUUUAUUGCAUGGUGGGCCCACGUGGUGCUGGGGAGUCGAUCAGAGCACUGUGGCAGUGUCAGAGCUCUGCCCAUCCCUCCGAGCCCUUGGCACACACCUCCACGCACAGCCUGGUCGGUUCUUUCCCUCCCCUCAUGCUGGCUGUGUGUGUGUGCACACUUCACUCUCAGCCUCUUUCACCCUUCAUCAGAAAGCUGGAAUUCUUUAGGCACCAAGUUUGCCAUUGCUGUUGGAGUCGAGAUGAAAAGCUUUCAGUGAACCACCUCUGAUUGGAAUCUCUUCUGCUGCCUUCGCUUUGGCCAGAUGUUUCCUAAUUACUUAUCUGUCAAGUAUGUUUAUUAACAUUCUUUUCCUCUAAAUGAGAAAUAGCGCACUGUUCUUGGUUAGUGUCUUCGCCUGAGUGAUGUAAGCCAGGCUAAGCUUCAUCAAGGCCACAUCUCAUGCUUGAACGUUCAACUCAGCAUCAGAACUUUGCUCUUUCUCCCAUCCAGUGCAGCCUUUUUAGACCAGCCCUGGCGGGAGCCACGUGGCACUGCAUUUAGAACUUCUGCUUUGAAGGCUGGAUCCGAGUCAUGCAGCUUUGUCCCAGGCUGAGAGUUCCAUGCAGUAACUCACGAACCUGCUGCCGUUACUCACCUCAAUGAAGACUUUGUUACAUGGAUGGACUCACUGAACUGCUGCUCUGCAGUGUAAGUGAGGGCUGCGGGGCCAUCCAAAAGCAGCCCUCCCCACCCCAAUGUCACCUCUCCCUCUGCAAAGGAAUUGGAAAGCCACCUGCACAGGAGAAGAGAAGCUAAAGCCAUUCCCCACAGAUUCUGCAAUCCGAGCACUGCUGCGGAUAAUAGACCGAUGCACCAGAGGGGAUUGAAUCAACCAAAAAUAAAUCCAUAGAACAUCUCUUUUUUUCAAUAGCUUUUGCUGUCUUCGAGGCCAAGCAGCAUCCUUUAAUGGAAGCAGUGAGGCUGGGCCGGUAAAGCUUCCCGAGUUUAAAGUUAUUUGAUAGCUAGUUAUUUUUCUUCAAAGGAGACGAAGUAAACCUCUGCCUCCAGCCCUCACCACAGCAGCAGAAAUGCUUUGUCAGUGUAUUUGUGACACGUUAAUUAUAGCAAUGGAAAAUCUCAGUGGAAAUGAAUAUUCAAAAUAAUAAUAAUAAUAACACUUUUUAGGCUGUUGA